AUGUCUCACCCAGCUGAUGUCACGGUUCUGCCUAAGGGCCAGCGCUCCCGUCCUGCUGCUGACAAAUUAACCUCCAACGGUGUUGAUGGUCCUCCUGCACUGGAUCAACAGUCGAGAAGUGUCAUUGCUGACAAUGUGGCUCAGAAAGACAACAUCUCUGCGGUGACUGAUAAGCUCAAAGGCGUUGAUCUCUCCGUACCUGGUGGAUCUGGACUUUCCGUGGCUGACAAAGCCGCCAUGAACGCUGACGGUUACCUGGAUGAGGACUCAGACGAUGAGAUGCUGAUCGACCUGGACAAGGAGGCCGCGUCCCGGUUGCGUUCUGUCAUUAUCCUGCUGAUUCCUAUGAUGCUUGAAAAGGAGGUUUCUUCUGUGAUUGAGACUGUCAAGGCACUAAUCAAGCGUGCUACGUCGCUGAAAGCAUCCUCGCUGAUGCUCCCCAUCCUCCGCGAUCCGGCCAUCGCCUUUGUCUCCACCGGCGGCAGCAGAGAAGACUGGAUCUGCACGCAGGCAGGGUGCGGGAAGGCGAAGGGGAAGAGCUUCAUGUCAGCGGCCGAUCACAUCACCGUUGCUGCUUAUCUGCAGCAGCUGGAAAAGCCUGGAGCUGCCACGAAAGCCUCCCUCGACAGGAUGAACCUCUCCGUCAUCCGCAAGGAGUACGGCCUCUGA